AUGCUCGGCGGGCUACUCUUCUGCUUCUGGAGGUUCGUGGAGAUUGUCACAUUGAUACCUGUUAUUGGCAUGCUGGCAUGGUUCGUCGAUGGCUUCGAUGACAACAACCAACUGACACCGUCGUUCAUCCUGACGUUGUUUAUUGUCUCGGUCCUAGCCUGCGCUUGGGCCAUCGUGACGCUCCUCCGUCUCGGAUCGACCCGUCGCUCGGCCCUCUUCGUCGCAUUCGUCGAUCUUUGCUUCGUGGGCGCCUUCAUUGCCGCUGAUGUCGAACUCCGUGGCAUUGACGACGCCGAUUGCGGCAACUUCACCUCUGGUUCCAUUUUCAUCAACCUCGGCCCCUUUGGAUAUUACGGAAGGAGCAGCGGUUCGUCAUUGGCGUUACAUCUCAAUAAGAACUGCGCUAUGCUGAAGGCUUCCUGGGCUUUGGGGAUUAUGAAUACCAUCCUCUUCUUCUUCACCUUCGUGCUGGCACUCUUCCUCCACCGACAUGAGAGAGUCGUCGUCACAAAGGAGGUCAGACGAUCGCGACACAGCAGCCGAAGGGGACACUCUCGCUCUGGAUCGAGGAGGAGCAGCAGUCGCCACCGAUACGUCGUAUAA